CCUGUGAAAGGGAGUGAGGCAUGGAGAGCCUGGCCAGGAAAGAGGGUAUUAUGACUUCUGGGGUGCGACUCCCUCCUGGAGCAGCCACACCAGCUUAAGGCGACAGUGACUAGCCCAUCCACUACUCACUUGCUCACCAGUGCAUUUUAGUUUACUCACAUUACCUGAAGAGCACUCAGCUGUGCUGGCCUUACUGCCUUGGGUGUUGGCAGGCUGGGCGGGCAUCUUAGUCCAUCAUUAUGCGGAGGUGUUGGGACACAGAGCUUUCAGUGCCUGGGGAGCAGAGUGGCCUGUACUUCAUUCUUAGUGACAUCAAGUGUAAAGUGGAUGUGCUAAGAGCAGAGAUCUUCGUCAAGUGUUACCAUUGGUCUAUGAAGGUCUUUCUGAUUGAUACUGUGCUAGAGGGCACUGUGAAGGCUUGCACACCAGGUGGGUUGUAACUGAAGUUUAUGCUUUUCUACACCGAGUUGGGAUUGGCUGAAAUUCCCCUGAGCACUACUGUCCACCCAAGAACUGUGAGUGUCCUGAGUCCAGGGUGGGAAUAGAGGUAGCAAGACUAGGGAAGCCUUUAGAGCUGAAGGAGGUUCUAAAGGAUAGAAAGCCCCAAGUUGUGUGAUGGAUGCUUUGACCCCUGCUUCUUCCUCAGCUCUCCUCCACCCUCUUUUCCACAGUGAAUACCUACCUCUUCAUGGUGCAGGCUCAAGGCAUCCUGCUUCGGGACAACGUGAGGACCAUCGGUGCCCAGGUGUAUGAGCAGGUAGUCCGCAGCGCCUAUGCCAAGAGGAACAGCAGCCUGAACGAUUCAGAUUAUCCUCUGGACUUGAACCACAGUGAAGCCUUCCCCACAACCACGACAUUUCUUCCUGAAGAUUUCACCUACUUCGCCAACCACCCUUGCCCAGAGAGGCUCCCUUCCAUGAAGGGCCCAAUAGACAUAAACAUGAGUGAAAUCAGAAUGGACGAUAUUCACGAGCUCUUCUCCAGAGACCCAGCCAUCAAGCUCGGAGGCCACUGGAAGCCUUCGGACUGUGUGCCUCGAUGGAAGGUGGCCAUCCUCAUCCCCUUCAGGAACCGCCAUGAGCACCUCCCAGUCCUCCUGCGACACCUGCUCCCCAUGCUUCAGCGCCAGCGCCUGCAGUUCGCCUUCUACGUGGUCGAGCAAGUUGGCACCCAGCCCUUUAACCGAGCCAUGCUUUUCAAUGUGGGCUUUCAAGAAGCCAUGAAGGACUUGGAUUGGGACUGCCUGAUCUUUCAUGAUGUGGAUCAUAUACCCGAGAGUGACCGGAACUACUAUGGCUGUGGACAGAUGCCCAGGCACUUUGCGACCAAACUGGACAAAUACAUGUACCUGCUUCCCUACGCAGAGUUUUUUGGUGGAGUAAGCGGCUUGACUGUAGAACAGUUUCGGAAAAUCAAUGGCUUUCCUAACGCCUUCUGGGGCUGGGGUGGAGAAGAUGACGAUCUGUGGAACAGGGUACAAAAUGCAGGCUAUUCUGUGAGCCGGCCAGAAGGGGACACGGGAAAAUACAAGUCUAUUCCUCACCACCAUCGAGGAGAAGUCCAGUUUCUUGGAAGGUACGCUCUGCUGAGGAAGUCAAAGGAGCGGCAAGGGCUGGACGGCCUCAACAACCUCAACUACUUUGCAAACGUCACGUACGACGCCCUGUAUAAAAACAUAACUGUCAACUUGACACCCGAGCUGGCUCAGGUGACUGAGUACUGAGAUGUGGAGAGAAGCCGCAUCCGCCUACCCACCACCCCUCAGAAGCGCUGUGGUGCGCCAUCCUGGGGGUCAACACAGGACGAGGACAGAAGGAGAGUGGAGUGCAGGACCGGAGGGUUCCAGAAAACUGUCACAGAGUACACGCACAAAGGCCUUCACUGUGGGCUCAAACAGGGACAGGCGGCUUGGGGACACCUCUCAUCAGCACUGGCUUCAUUCUACAAGACAGACAUCUGCCCUGCUGCUCUCUUCUGUCCCCACCCAGGGCCAGGCUAGGUGCCCCUCGGAUAGAUGGAUGGCCGGGCCCAGAGGCCGCCAUGGCAGCCACCCCUGGCUUGAAGCAGGAGGACCCACCUACCACACCGUUCGUUCUCUGCACCUCUGUGUCUUCUUUUCUUCCUUUCUUUCUUUUCUUCCCCCCCUCCUUUUUUUUUUUAAAGAAAAUUACCUGCUUUGGUGGGGACUAAGGGUGGAGGGGGGAGGGACCUGGGAUGGUAGACACAUUAACAGUCACUUCUUGAAGAAGUGUAAUUGUAAAUAAGCCAUGUAAAAUGCCUUUUUAAAGUUUAAUUUUAUAGCUGGCUCCACUUGAAAGUGAGGGCUUCAUAUAUUAGAUGACCUUGGGGGGCAAACAUAACUGAGUUACCACACAGUUGAAGAACAGCAUCUCCAAAUCCCUGUCAUUUCAGAAGGGAGUGGACACAGGGCAGAGCAAAGAACUUGUCACUGCAGCCCCUCCCCUCCCCUCCCCUCCCCUCCCCUCUCUUCCCCUCCCUUCCCGUAGGUCUUCCUCAGAGACCUAACAGCUAAGCAGGGACUGCUCUUAGUACCACAGUGCUCUCCGCUCUUACAGGCCCCUCAGUGCCGGCGGGGGGAGGGUUGAGGGGGGCAGGGGCUGGAGAACAGGAAGUUUGAGGCCAGUGUAGGCUACAUAGCAAGUUCCAGGCCAACCUGUGCUGUGUAGCAGGGUCCCCCUCCCCCAGGAGGGGUGACACUGUGUACCUCAGCUCUCUGGACUUUGUCCUUCAGCAUCUCAGAGUCGCUGUUGGGUGAUGGGUGGCGUUCCCCUUUCUUUGGAAAUCGCCUUAUUUCUCAGAGCUGUGCUUGUGUGACCAGCUGGCUUCAGUGGUUUCUCUGUUUCCCUUUUUGGUUUCUGGGAAGAUGCUGUGUUGUGCUAACGAGCAGUCGAUUGGGAAGGGCUCAGCCAGGGAGCAGGUGGCACUGGGGUGCUGUGUGUCAGCCAGGGUCCAGGUGAGGUCUCACCAGAGCUUUGCCGGGCAGCCAGCAGAGGGCCCCUGCUUCCUGAUGGCCGUUCCUAAGCUGCACUCAGAAGGGUUCCUCCUUCCUGAGGCAGCCCUUUCCUGCCUCUGCCCCUGCGGCAGCCCUGCCCCUGCAGCAGGGCUCUGGGUGGUGAGGAUGCUUUCUCGAGGCCUCCAGCUUCUGUUCUUUGCCUUUUUGCCUUCAGCCCUUGACGUUCAUGGUUUACAUAGGUGGGUGUGGGGUGUGUAAAUAUGUGGGGUUGGGGUUUUUGCACCGCACAAGUUGGUUCUGUGGACAUAUGAUCCCCCAGACUGUGGGAGUGAUUGGCCAGGCCGUGUUUUUUUUUUCCUUGUUUUUGUUCUUUUUGUAGAAUAGAGUGGUAUCUAGGGAACAGAUGGCAUUGCAGAAUGCUUCCCGCUCGUAUGAGAGAGCAGGUGCCUGCCCUUGAGAGCGCUGGUGAGCUGCGUCAUCUGUUUGCACUGGCAAGGAGCUGCUCGGCCGCGUUGACUUGCCUUUGUCUUACGGUACACACAGCGUCCAGACUGUGUUGGCCCCAUCCCGACCCUCUGCCCUUCCCUCGUCAGUUCUGCAGAGCUGGGGGUGGAACCCGUGGCCUCACAUGCCAGGCAAGAGCUCUGCCACUGAGCCGUGGGCCCAGCCCUCACUCCCUCAUCCCCCUGUCUGUGCACUGAGGGCCAGGAGCUGCUUGCAGUGUGGCAGAGCCAUGGUCCUUUGGAGGGGCUUCCAGGGAGGGACAGAGGCGCACGCAGCAUGUGUCCUGGUUGAAGCUCUGCGACCUCACACUUGCCACAGGGUACUGCUUUGGGCCAAAGGCUGAUACUUGAUUUAAGAAAGAAAAUGCCGAUUUGGGGACAAAAGAAAGGGUCUUUUUACUGCUCAAAGUGGGGUCACUUCAAUUCUUUUGCAAUCAUGUCCAAGUUUGUUUUUAGUGUGGACUCUCAGUGGGCACUGUCGAUCAUUGUCCACCAAGUCACAUGCUGAGUGGGAAAUGUCACAGUCAAAUCCAUACCACCAGGCCACACGUUAGGCCACAGGAUGCUUAAAGAAAAUGACAGCAAGAUGCGAGUGUGACCUUGGUGUAUUCUGGCAGCUGAGAUUAUUCAAUGCUACAGAUGAGUGACCCUUAAACCAGCCUUGUCCUGGACUGCCUUGUGUCCGGAAGGUUCCCCUUCACACAGGGCUGCUUUUGGGGGCAGAGGGGUUUUGCAGAACUUUGGUUUUGCUAAAACAGGGACUCUGGUCAACGCUUCCCUUCCUCAGAGGACCGUGCAGAGCAGCAGGGUGUGGCCUGACUGGUGAGGCAGUGAGCGCAGCUAGCUUAUUCCACCAUUGCUUCUGUUUGUUUCCAGCCUGCUCUCUGUUUUAAAAGGUGCCAGGGGUACAUUUUUGCACUGAAAUCUAAAGAUGUUUUAAAAACACUUUUCACAGAAAAAGUCCUUUGUCAUUACAUUAUUCACUCAUGUGUUUGUACAUUUUUGUAUGUUAAUUUAUGAAUGAUUUUUUCAGUAAAAAAUACAUAUUCAAGAACCAAA